UGUAGAGAUUGGUGAAAGUGUGAGAGGGGAAGAUGUGUAUAUUAUCCAGAGUGGCUGUGGAGAAAUAAAUGACAACUUAAUGGAACUACUCAUCAUGAUCAAUGCUUGCAAGAUUGCAUCAUCCUCCAGAGUGACUGCUGUAAUUCCAUGUUUUCCAUAUGCCAGGCAAGAUAAGAAGGACAAGAGCCGUGCACCAAUCUCUGCAAAACUUGUUGCCAACAUGCUGUCAGUUGCAGGGGCUGACCACAUCAUCACCAUGGACCUGCAUGCUUCUCAGAUCCAGGGUUUUUUUGACAUUCCAGUAGAUAACCUGUAUGCAGAACCUGCAGUCCUGCAGUGGAUUAAAGAGAACAUUCCCGAGUGGAGAAACUGUAUCAUAGUCUCACCUGAUGCAGGUGGUGCAAAAAGGGUUACUUCAAUUGCUGACAGACUGAAUGUGGAAUUUGCUCUAAUUCAUAAGGAAAGAAAGAAGGCAAAUGAAGUGGACAGAAUGGUCUUGGUUGGUGAUGUGAAAGACAGAGUAGCAAUUCUUGUUGAUGAUAUGGCUGACACAUGUGGCACCAUAUGUCAUGCAGCAGACAAGUUAAUGUCUGCUGGAGCUACUAAAGUUUACGCCAUUCUGACUCAUGGCAUCUUUUCUGGUCCUGCCCUCUCUCGGAUUAAUAAUGCAUCGUUUGAGGCUGUUGUGGUAACUAACACAAUCCCCCAGGAGGAGAAAAUGAAACAUUGCCCAAAAAUACAGUUCAUUGACAUUUCCAUGAUCCUGGCAGAGGCAAUUCGAAGAACACACAAUGGUGAAUCUGUGUCUUACCUGUUCAGCCACGUCCCCUUGUAACUGCAGGGGAUUACACUGCAUCUUUGCAAAGGUCUCUGAAGCUAGCACUGUUUUUAACGAUGCACAUCAACCAUGAGAAAUUACUAUCUUUGUACAAUUCGAGAGCUUUUAUGUUUAAUUAUAUUUGUCUUGUAAUUACGUUUUGUUCUUUGUAAAUGGGCAAUAAAUCUCAGUCGUACAGAAACCUUA